AUAAGCAAAGAAAUCAACGCAAAAGCACAAAGGCUAUGAAGAUCAUCAAACACCCAAAAGUGGCCACCAAAGAAGCCACCACCUAUCUGCAUCGCUGUUUUCGUAUUAUGGGCAUUCUCAUGCCUUCUCAAUAUCGUUUGCUCUACAUAUGCUAUGGCAUCUUGAUUAAUUGUCUAACUACCGUAUUUAUACCCAUAACAUUUACCUGCAGCUAUUUUAUAAAGGCCAACUUUCAAUCGACCAGCUAUGGCGUUAUACUCUCCUCCAUUCAGACUUCGAUCAAUGUUUAUGGAUGUGCUAUCAAAGUUUUGAUGCUGCUUUACUACAAUCCCUGCUUGAAGAAAGCCGAAAAGCUUAUGGACCAAAUGGAUAAACGCUGUUGCACAGCAGACGAAGUUAACGAACUGUAUAAAGUACGACAUUUGGGACGUAAAAUUAUUUUGCUAUACUUGUUGGCCUAUUGGAGCUAUACCACUUGCACUUUUAUAUCAUCUUUGAUUUCGGGUGUACCCUCAUAUUCGAUUUAUCUAUUUGCAAUUGAUUGGCGAAGAUCCCAAAAGGAAUUUUAUUUGGCUUCAUCUAUUGAAUUUUUCCUAACCAGUUGGACAUGUUUUCAACAAGUGGCCAAUGAUUCGUAUGGAACGAUUUAUGUCUGUAUUUUGAGGGCACAUGUGCGAGUUCUAUUGCUCAGGGUGCGUAAAUUGGCCACAAAGGCAACAAAUUCCCAGGAGGACAAUGUGGAGGAGCUGAAAAUGUGCAUAAAGGAUCAUAAGAAUUUAAUUGAGCUAUAUACUGUUAUAUCGCCGGUGAUCUCCAGCACGAUUUUUCUGCAAUUCUCUCUGACUGCCAGCAUUCUUGGCAUAACUUUAAUUAAUAUUGCCAUAUUUUCAACUAAUAUGGCCUCUGUGGCUGCUUCGUCGUUAUACGUCCUAGCCGUGGUGAUUGAAAUCUAUCCCCUAUGCUAUUAUGCAAAUUGUCUACUGUAUGACAGUGAUCUAUUGCCUACGGAGAUUUUUCAUUCGUCUUGGAUUGACCAGAAUAGGACAUAUAGAAAAAUGUUGAUAUUUUUCAUACAACGUACACAAAAAUCAAUGGAACUAUGGGCUGGGAAAAUAUUUCCCAUAAAUUUGAAUAGUUUUAUAAGUAUUGCAAAAUUUUCCUUUUCCCUGUAUACUUUGAUAAAGGCCAUGGGUAUAAAGGAGAAGUUGGAUUUGUAGAGAAUAUCAGCAAGUACAUCUAAAAAGGUUAGCUGAAGCUUUGUCAGUUUU